UGCAGGAGGUUGAUGGGAGGUCACAUAAGAAGCCGCUCAGGCCUCAGCUACGUCCUAGAGUCACUGAUCUGGACUGAGAUCACUGGUCUCACUGCGCCUCUUGUUGAAGGAUACUGUUGGAGAAGGAACCUGUAGGGACAUAGUGCAGCCAUGGCAGAAAAUGGUGGGACGCAGACCAGGCCCAGAAGUGCCACCAUCUUUGGCUACCCAAUAAGCAUCUUCUUCAUCGUGGUCAAUGAGUUUUGCGAGCGCUUCUCCUACUAUGGCAUGCGAGCCGUGCUCGUGUUGUACUUCAAGUACUUCCUGAAGUGGGACGAUGACUUUGCCACCACCAUCUACCACGCCUUUGUGGCCCUGUGCUACCUGACUCCCAUCCUGGGGGCCAUCGUGGCAGACUCCUGGCUCGGCAAGUUCAAGACGAUCAUCUACCUGUCCAUUGUUUACACCGUGGGACAAGUCGUCAUGGCUGUAAGUGCCAUCCACGACAUCACAGAUGCCAACAAGGACGGCACGCCCGACAACAUGACCCUCCACAUAGUUCUGUCCAUGGUGGGUUUGUUGCUCAUCGCCCUGGGAACUGGAGGAAUCAAACCCUGCGUCGCUGCGUUUGGUGGAGACCAGUUUGAAGACCAUCAGGAGAAGCAGAGAAGCACCUUCUUCUCCAUCUUCUACCUGUCCAUCAACGCUGGCAGUCUGCUGUCCACCAUCAUCACCCCCGUCCUCAGAUCUCAGGAAUGUGGCAUUUACAGUCAGCAGAAGUGUUACCCGCUGGCUUUUGGUGUCCCCGCCGCCCUCAUGGUCGUCGCUCUGAUUGUGUUCAUUGUUGGAAGUGGCAUGUACAAUAAGACCGCCCCUCAAGGCAACAUCAUUGUGAAAGUCUGCAAAUGCAUCUGGUUUGCCAUAAGGAACCGCUUCAGGCAUCGCUCCUCUCAGUAUCCGAAGAAAGAACACUGGAUGGACUGGGCAGAGGACAAAUAUGAUAGACUCCUGAUAGCUCAGGUGAAGAUGGUGCUGAAGGUGCUGUUCCUCUACCUCCCGCUGCCCAUGUUCUGGGCUCUCUUUGACCAGCAGGGCUCGAGAUGGACCCUCCAGGCGACCACCAUGGACGGGGACUUUGGAAUACUCAUAAUCCAGCCCGAUCAGAUGCAGACUGUCAACCCCAUCUUGAUCCUGAUUCUGGUGCCAGUCGUGGAAAGUGUGCUCUACCCACUGAUUGCCAAGUGCAGUUUUAACUUCACUCCGUUAAGGAGGAUGACUGUAGGGAUGAUCUUCGCCGCUCUGGCGUUCGUGGUCGCUGCUCUGGUCCAGAUACAGAUCGACAAAACCCUGCCCAACUUCCCAUCAGGCACUGUAAGCCAAGCCAAGUUCAUCAACAUGGUGGACAAGCCGGUGCCCAUCACAGCAGGAAGCAACAGUUUUACACUGGAGCCUUUCAAGGCCAGCGAGGAUUACCUGACCUUCGAUGCCUCUUUUAAACUGAUCUUGCCCAACGUCACCUACACAGCCAAUUUGGAGGGUGGCUCUCGAAAUACUAUCGUCAUCAUCCCGGAUGUAGACGUACUCACAUAUGAAAUUUUCAAAGACAUCAAAACCAAGCCGGAAGAAGGAGCUAACGCCAUCAGAUUCCUGAAUGGCUUUGACUCCUUUCUGAAUGUAACAGUGGGUAACCUGGACUUCAAGGAAAUUUCAGUCAACAACAUGUCAAUAUACGUGAACGUGAAACAGGGAGAUGCUGAGUUCAAGAUCCUGGAUGGCACUGGAGAGGAGUGUGUCUACGGUCUAAAACUGGGCUUCGGCAGCUCGUACACUUUGAUAAUCCCACCGACGUUCACAUUUGGGCCAAAUUGUGCAGAGAGCAUCCAAUCAGUGAUGGACAUCAAGCCCAACACCUUCCACAUGGCCUGGCAGAUUCCUCAGUAUUUCCUCAUGACUGUGGGAGAGGUGGUCUUCUCUGUCACCGGCUUGGAGUUCUCUUACUCACAGGCACCGAGCAACAUGAAGGCCGUGCUGCAGGCUGGAUGGCUGUUGACCGUAGCUGUCGGGAACAUCAUUGUGCUCAUUAUUGCAGAGGCUGCAACACUCUCAGAGCAGUGGGCCGAGUACGUCCUCUUCGCCUCUCUGCUGCUGUUCGUGUGCGUUAUCUUUGCCAUCAUGGCCUACUUCUACACCUACAUCGACCCGACCAAGAUAGAGGCCGAGUUUGCAGAGAAGGAUCCCGAUGAGAAGGAGGAGAAGAACAAGAUGGAGAUGGCCAGGAAGGACAAGAUGGGGCGCUACGACGAGGACAGUUCCUCUGACUCCAGUUCGGAUGAGAAGGAAAGACCAAUGACCAAGUUCUGAAGCUCCCUUUUCUGAAAAACAUGCUACUUUGCUCUGUGUUUCGUGCCUGAGAGUGCCUGUGCCUAUUUGGCCAUUCUGUCAAUGCACUGUACAUGCAGUGGUGAGAAUGAAUGGAUGACCUGAGGGAAAGGUUGCAGAAAACGUGAACACAGAAACAGGGCUUCGAUGGGGAAGCUCUUGCUGGACAGUAUUAGUGAAGGAUCACAGCAGGGAUAAUUCAAACACUAUUAUCUUCCCAUCUUACUGUUGUAAAUUUGUUUUAAUGAUUCUUGUUUUGUUUUGCACUGUGAAGCAUCUUAAUGUGAAACCAUUCCAAUGUGUAUUUAUUUCCAAGCACAGUGUGUUGUUUGAAUUGUAAAAUACUGUCACUCUUUUGUAUGCAUGAUCUUAUCACAUGCUCCAGAAUGAAAUUUUAUCCCAAAUGCUGGUUUUUUUGUCAGAAUUGUCUGUCCUCCCCCGAAAGAAAAAAAAACACCCGUACUCAUGUUUUUGGUAAAUACUUACAUCAGCAGUAGUUUUGUAAAAACUAUGUAAUGACCUAAUUUCAAAUAAAUUUAUUUUUCCUUGUACAAACCCUUUUGUAAUUAUGUGAACAACAAUAUCACACAUAAAUAAUGUUUGGGUUUUUAAUGUCGACAUGCAAUAAAAGUGCAGCCAAGGCUCAUAGGAAUGUGGGUCAUUAACAAGCUCACAGGGGCGGGGUAAUAAUCCGUAAUAACAAUAAUAAAUGUCUCUACCGAGCCAUCAAGCAGUAUGAAUAAUGUGCAAGACGAGGUCUGUAACCAUUAGAUCUUUAUUUCUCAUGUCACUUUGAAAGCUUACAAGGAGCUUACAUUUAACUUGGGAAUUCUCAAAUGACACAAGCAAAGAUUAUAUACAGUACUAUAAACUGUCAGCUAUGAUAAAGGAGACCAAAUGUACACAUUUUGUAGUUAUUUCCGUAGCAUAUGUUUUUCUGUAAGGUAUAGAUAUUUUUUGCCGGAGGCAGGUGCCCAUAUCCAUAAAGCAUUCCAUAUUUCCAUACUUAACUCUUUGCAGUUAUAAAAAUAUCAGAUAUUUCUUAAUUUCUUUCAAUCCCUGUGUUGACAAGUGCGUCUUGAUGCAACUCCUCAACAUUAUUGCUGCGUUAGCACAGUAGUAAAAUUCUGGAACUCUUAAGUAAACAUAUAUAGUAAAACAUGGCUAUUAGCAACUUUUUUCGUUUUGUGGUUCUUUUUUCCUCCACUUACAGGUUUUCUUUAAAUACUCGACACACUGUCAAAGUGCAAAAAAACUGAUCUGAAACUUAGGAGGAAAAAAAAAAGGUGCAAAUCAUACUACAAACAUCUGGUGAAAGCGUAAAAGAGGACAUGGCACUUCUAUAGCAUGGCAUGGAAAUCAGAACACGCAGUCUGGACGAGGGGAUCUGGAUGGCGUUGGUUUCUGCAGCUUGGCGUGUCCUGAUAUACGGUUUAGUUUGGCCAUGAGCGAGUGUCAUGAUGUGAUUGCCUGCGACAGUCCUCACCUCUCACUUUAGCUUUGCAAAUAACGUAGAGGCUAAAUUACAAGCCAAUGAAAAAUAAUACUUCACAUAAUAUCACCUUUCCGCCACCAUAGUGGUUCCUCUUAGUUAAUGAAUUCUCCUCAGCUCGUCUCUGUGUUGUUAUUAAGAGCCACUGCGGACACGUGUACCUUUAUUCUUGUCCUAAACAAUUUAAAAACUGACUUAAAUUGUCUAAACAUCAGCACAGGAAGGAGCUCCCCUCCCUGACUACAAAAACAAAGGAAAGGUUUCUGCCUCUAAACAAAAAACAAAA